GAGGUGGUUUGGCCGUGAUCCGCAUAUCAUCUAAUUAUGGCUCAAAACGAUAAUUUAAUGUUAAUAUUGCCCCAGUAACUUCACUCGGUUGUAAGAUGUUCUCUUCUUCGAAAAGAGGUUCCGUGUCAGAAGGGGCGUCUCCCACACUAGGGGCCACCGCGUGUUUUCAUUGGCGAAUGUCUGGGGUGACGUCACUGACAGCAGAUGCGGCCAAUAUGGCGACCACUUAGAUGUCAAAUGACAAUUCCGCAACUUUGCGCAUGGAUGACGCGCUCUCCGCUCAUAUUUAUUUUUUCGUGUGGACAUUGAAGUGAUUAAUGUUAUAUGUAUUUUUCAUUUCAGUAUCUAUUUUAGAACGUUUAUAGGGAUGACACUUGACCUUUAAGUUUCUUAGAUCAUUUUGGUAUGGUGUUUUUACUAGUAUGUGUGUGAGCAUGUACGUUUCAUGUCAUUACAAGUUCUUUUGAUCUGUGUCCCUUUGGACUAGUGCAAAUAAUCAGUCAUCUGGAUAUGCAAGGGAGUAAUUCCUGCUCUCGUUCCACUUUGAUAGUGUGUUUUAUUAUGUAUGAAGGGAUUCAAACAGAUGUUACAGUGGAUUCUACAUGCUUUUAUUUCCAACCGCAGUCAAAGACCCUUCCAGUUCCCUUGGUAAUACUCGAGAUGUAAACAUCAUAUAUCUGGCAAAAUCAGGCCAUUAAAAUAAAAGCACACCAGUUGUUACUGCAAGCUGCUCUGUCUCCUCCUCAAGCCCAAAACCAGUAAUUAGAAAAUACUCGAUGUCACGUUCUUGGACAUCACUGUGGACUUGUGAAGAUGACUAAUCUGAAGGAACCCCUACUCUCCAUGGCAAGAUGCUUGAGUUGACUCUUAUUUUUUUGUCUUUACUGUGAGUCAGUGAUUUCUUUGCAGGGACACCACACUCAUCAGUCAUAUUUUUGCGUCCCGUAUUGUUUGAGGUAAAGAGCGGCCCCACCCCAUGUCUGGUGGUGCUCAAGGUUUCUUCCUGUUAAAAGGGCGUUUUCGCCACCAUUGUUGCCAAGUGAUUACUCACGAGAGAUUCCAUUGCGUGUCUAUAAUAUCAUCAUAAAGACACCUCGGGGGAAACAUGCCCCGUAUGAAAUGUUUCUAGUGAUGACUUGUUGUGGUAAAUGGAGGUGAAUCGCUUCAUUAUGGCUUCUGUGCCGCACCGAUUUUAUCCAAUACAACUUGUUCCCAUCCCUGGCAUUCGUGAAACAAUUUAAAAGAUUAAAGUUCACGAUAUCUGUCCAAACACACUCAGGUUGGAUCACCUAAAUGUGGUGGCGGCGAGUGAGGUUCCUGAAGGGAUCCAAAAGCUCGUCGCCACCAAUGACCUGCCACUGCUGGCCAUGGAAUACUGCCAAGGAGGGGAUCUGAGAAAGUAUCUGAAGCUCUUGAGAACGGCUGCGGAAUGCGCGAGGCCUCCGUUUUGAUUUUGUUGUGCGACAUUUCCUCAGCUCUGACCUACCUCCACAAGAAGCGGAUCAUCCACCGAGAUUUGAAGCCUGAAAACAUUGUGCUGCAGCAGGGGGAGAAGCGGUUGAUCCACAAGAUCAUUGAACUCGGUUAUGCGAAGGAGCUGGACCAGAGCAGCCUUUGCACCUCCUUCGUGGGAACAUUGCAGUACUUGGCUCCCGAGCUGAUUGAGAGGAAGAAGUACACGGUCGCUGUGGACUACUGGAGCUUUGGGACAUUGGUGUUUGAGUGUAUCACAGGAUUUCGGCCCUUUCUGCCGACCUUGCAACCUGUUCUCUGGUAGAGACUCACUUUUGUUUCGACUAACGGGCGUCUCUUUUUUUUCUGCACUUUGCAGUCAGUCAAGGAAUUACAGGAUUAGACACAUUUUCCAGAGUUUUCUUCACCUUUGCCCCAGUUACGUGACCAUUUCUGAACAUAUUAGGAACACAUAAAUAAGCCAAAGUCGACGGGAAGAAUUGCAGGAUAUGUGUGUUGUGCCAAAAUCAAUGACUCUUGUCCUUCACUUUUAUACUGCAUGAAAGAUAUAAAACCUGAGGGCAGGUUUGGGUUACAAAAAGAAAAAUAACCUUCCAUUGUUUCAAAUUUAAGUUUGGUAUUUGCUUUCUACUUUAUUCUACCAUUCAAUUAUUAACUCAUGCACACCCUGCCGUUAUUAGCGGAUUUUAAAAAGCACACAGAAUAUUGUGUGUGACAAUGUGAGCACUUGAACCUACCAAAAGAAAGAGUAAACUCUCUUCUUUCACCAGAGAAAAAUGAUUGUUUGUAGCAUUUUUUUUUUCCUAAUAAGCACUAGAACAUUGGUUGGUUUACCAAAAACACAGAUUUCUAACAAAAAGCAAAGAAAACCAGCCUUUUCAAAUCAUGCUCAACCUAUAUUUAAUUGAAUACACUGCGAAGGCAAUAUUUAAUGGUCAAACUGAUAAAAUGUUUGUGUAAAAUCAUCAUUACUGUAUUUUCUGGAUGACCGCCUGCAACGGAUAACAAGCCAGGGACACUAUUUUGCUUCCCUGAAUUACUCAGUCAUCAAACAGGUUAAGGACAAUGUUUGUCAACGUACAAUUGCAUUUUGGGAUUUCAACAUCUAUGGUGCAUAAUAUCAUCAAUAAGUUUCAGAGAAUCUGGAGAAAUCACUUAGUGUAAGCGGGAUGGCUGAAAACCAUCAUAAAAUACCCGUGCCAUUCUAUCCCUCGGUUGGCACUCCAUCUAAAACCGACAUCAGUGUGUAAAGGAUAUCACCAAAUGGGCUCAGGAACACUUCAGAAAACCAGUACCGUAAUUUCCGGCCUACGAAGCGCACCUCAUUAUAAGCCUCACCCAGUACAUUUGUAAAGGAAAUACCAUUUGAUACAUAAAUACGCCGCAAGUGCCCACAUUGAAACAUGAGAUAUUUACAAAGAAAGACGGUACACAGAAAGAGUUUUCAAAGUUUUAAUACCUUAGAGUAGCUUCACAUAGCAACAACACGGUAGCACAAACAGGGCUGGUAAAAAAAAAAAAAAAAAAAUACCAGUAAAAGAAAAAAAAACACCCACAGCAGCUACACUGUAGC